AUGUGGUUGGCAUCUCUGUGUGCCAUUGUCCUCAGCUUUGCACGCGUCAAUGUCGGGGACAACUCCUACAACAACUCCUACAAUCUGUUCAUUCUCCCCACUGCACCCGGGCCAAGCAACAAUUAUGUUGCAGACUUAUCCUGGACACUUGGAUCUACUCAGAAGAUCCAAUGGUCCACAACCGUCAACUCAUAUUAUAUUGCCUUGUUCCAGCAAGGCUUUCACCCGGCUUCUGGGCUACCGCUUCAGACGAUUUACAGCGUCGAAAGCGGUGGGACUGGGCAGCAAUCUUUCGACUGGCAGGUCCAGAUUUACAAUUCGAACCUAAGCCUCUCGCCUGUCUACUUCCUAUGGCUCAACCCGGGUCCACAAGGGUUCAGCUCUCACUAUUUCAACAUCACCAACCAGGCUCAAAGCUCGUCAAGCUCAAGUUCGUCGACCGCCUUUACAUCAUCGACUUCCUUGACAACCAGCAUGAUCGCAAGUUCAUCUUCGAGUACGCCUCCCCAAAGGAGCUCAGAUACUGCCUUUGCGUCUCCUUCCAAUGCCAGCUCUAGCACAGAGACCGUCAAAGUUGGCCUCGGCGUGGGAGUGGGAAUCGGUAUCCCUUUGGUUCUCAUCGCAGGAAUAUGGAUCGGCCUAAAGUCGGUCAAGCAAAGACAAUCUUCUUCACGCGUGUUUGGUCCUCAUGCCAAGUUCGAAAAUCUUCAGUCAAAGUACUUCAUCGAGGCAGCCGGCCAAGAAUACAAUCCAUCUUCGAUCGAGUCACCCCUAAUGAAGCGUCUCCUAAUCAAACGCAUCCUCACCCCCCACCCCGCCGGCGGUAUCUCAGUCAAUUUCGCAACCCUCUUAGCCAGCAAGAGUAUCCAUGUAAUCGGCUCCAUGACACGCGGCACGCACUUCUACACCAACUCGAUCGACCGCAUCGCCACCCACGCAUCUCGCAUCGCCGACUCUAGCACCACCUCACCCCCUCGUCGUCCCCUCCACCUCGCUUUCUUCGUAGGCAGCGACCUCUUUCCGCACCUCAUGCUCAGCAAGCUCGUCCCGCGCCUUAUCGCCCGAGGCCACACCCCUUUUAUCUUUCUCUCUGCGGAUAAAGUGAACAACAAAGCGGCGUCUCCCGACUUACGCGAACUCGGAUUCUUUGAAAGGCAGCUCCUGCAAGACCAGAUCAUUCCAUUUCUCGGAUCCGCACCCUCGGACGGAGCUGCAUGCCUAACUGUGGAUCAGAUCAGAGCGCAAUACGGAAUAUUGGUACAACGAGUGAAGAGCGUAAACGGUCCACUCUUUCUAGACGUUCUCAGGAAACACCACAUCGACGCAGGUUUCUCCCUGUGCUGCCACCAACGCUUCGGCAAGGAUAUCAUCAAUCACUUUGCCGCUCCUCGCGCGCUGCUGAAUCUCCAUCCAGGCACGUAUCGAGGUGUAAUGACCGCUAUCCGCGCGAUGACCAACAAGGAACCCAGCUUCGGCUACAGCCUUCACCAUGUAAGCUCUUCAUACAACUCAGGCCCGGUCCUCGACAUACGCACCGCUCCAAUCGACUACGCGAAAUCCAUGUUGCAUUACAUGAACGAUGUGUACCCGAUUGGGGUGGAGAUGGUGUUGGAUGCUGUUGGUAAUCUCGCAAGGGGCAAGAAUAUGCCUGCCAUCGAGCAAGAUGAAGCCAAGAGUCGAUACUACACCUUUCCAACGGAGGAGAAGCUUGAGCUGGUACGCGAGAGAGGUGUGAGGCUUGUUGAUGCGGGGGCGAUGGAGGAGGUGCUUGUGGGGAGUUUUGCGGGAAGUGAGGGGAGAGAUGCGCUGAGGGUUGUGGUGAGGGAGGCUGUGAGGAAGUGGUAUGGGGAUGAGAGUGCGAGUCUUUCAGGGUUGCGUAGAUAG